AUGGAUCAGGCAGCUGCGCAGCGCCGGCUGAGAGCGAUCUCCGGGCACUUGAUCAAUUCCAGUGGCGAGCCUAGCCGGGGCCAGGAACAGUACGUCGUCGCCAGCCCAACUGCAGCAGAAUUCGUUUACGGUAUGUGCAGGAUGCAUAAAUCUCGUUGAGACUGCGAAGCCGGAGAUAAGAUGACAGGACUCUUCAGUUAUUCUGUAAUCUUCCCCAUCUCUUUCCGAUUGUACUCCAUGCGGAGGGAGGACUGUAACUAGGUCGAUAGUUAUUGAAGAUUUCCGUGGAUUUUUUUGACCUGUAAACAUGUCACCUAAACACUGGUGGAGAACCUUAGUACCAUGACUGCCCUGUAUCAUUAUUCUGACCUCGGAUGAACAGGAACUUAAAAUGCUUCAAAGGAAUAAUAAUUUACGAAUCUAGCUCGAAUUGGUCCUGUGAAGGUAUUCGUCGGGAGAUCGACCAGAUGGUAGAAUGUCAUUUGGUCCAUGCCUUAGUUAUGUGGUAUGCUGACGAUAAGAGAAACAUACUAGGCUUGAACUGUGUGGUAUCAACCAUCAUAUUACCUGUCCUUUAAUCAGAGAUAAAUAUUAGUUGGAGAUAAAAAGCACUAGCUGACAAGUAGAAACAUCUUGGAAUGCGCGUACUAUUUAUGUACAGAACCCUUGUUUGCGUAAGGUCUCAAAGUAGUAAUAUCCAAGUCCUUUUCUCUUCCUGGAAGCUAGGUGUUUUGACGAGCUGAACAACCCUUAUUGAUGUCACCUUCAUUACUACCAUUGUUCAUCAUCUUACGGUAAAAUUGUUAUUAUGCCAAUUCUAAACUGUCAUCUUUUCUGAGUAUACAACCUUGAGAAAAAAAUUCCGUAUAAGUUUCAUCAUUAACGUUGACCUGGUUUGAUUGAUCUUCUUUAUAUGAGCAGAUCAGGGUUACAGUGUUGUUCUUCCAGAAAAAUUGCAAACUGGGAAAUGGAAUGUUUACAGGUAGCCACUUUAGCUGUCAACAUCCCGAAUUUCGUGAUUAUGUUCGUAACUUGCUAGUAUUCCUGGUUGGCAGAUCUGCACGUUUUCCUUUGAAGCUUGUAACGAGGUUCCCAGACCACCCAGACAUUGGUACUCUCCACGAUAAUUUUGUGUAAGUCCUUGUAGCUAAUUUCUCCUUUUUACCACCUCCAUUUUAACGCCUAUGCAGUGGAUUACUGGACCUCAAUUCUGCAUGUUUUAUCUUUCGAAAUUAUCUACUAAUAGCCCAAAAUGAUUGGUACCCAAGUUAACAUCAGACCCUUUGUUAUGCUGGUGUGGUAAUUCACCUGGUUACUUGUACCAGGCAUGGAGUUGAGAGCUUCCGAGAUUAUAAAUACUUGGGAACACGGAUUAGAGAUGAUGGAACAGUUGGAGAGUAUGUUAUUUACCUAUUUUAUGGUUGAAUGGAGAUAUUUUUUGAAUUCUUUUGUCUGAACUCCUUUUUUUUUUUUACAUUAAAGAUACAAAUGGAUGACAUAUGGAGAAACAAGUACAGCAAGGACUGCGAUAGGUUCUGGUCUUGUUUGCAAUGGAAUACCUCAAGUGCGUUAUUUAUAUUCCAAUUUUCAUUUACAUUCAUUUGUUGUUAUUAUCCUACAUUUGAUGACAAUUUUUUUGAAUUUAGGUCUCUAUUUUUCGUUAAGUUGUUUAAUGGGUGAACUAAAGCAGAUUAUUAUCCUACAUUCAUUUGUUGUCUUUUAUCUUGUUGUAGGGUGCUUCAGUUGGACUAUAUUUUAUUAACAGACCAGAAUGGAUCAUUGUGGAUCAUGCCUGCUCUGCUUAUUCCUACGUUUCUGUACCCUUAUAUGAUACUCUAGGUAAGCUUCUCCCGAUAUGAAGCUCGUUACCUGUGCUUACGGACCAGAAUGUUGCUUAUCCGAAACUAUGUUAAUCACCGCAGGGCCAGAUGCUGUAAAUUAUAUUGUAAACCAUGCUGAUGUGCAGGCUAUUUUUUGUCUACCUCAAACUUUGGACAUUGUGAGUUUCAUUUCACGCUUGGAUCCUAUGUCGUGUUAUGAUAGAAUCAUGCUAAGGCAUAUUGCAUAUCAUCUGAUAAAGGAAACUAUAAGGACAAUUUUUAAUCAUUGAUUCAUAUCGUUGUUAUUUUCCCUCAGAAUUUUACUCCUCGCUAUACACCAAAUCUGGCAGAAUGAGAAAAUGAGAUUUAGUACGAUUUAUCCUGUAUUAUUGCCUAAGGAAUCGUGAAAAUAUUCUCCAGUAUUGUUUUGCUAUUGUGUGGGAGGGUAGAAAUGUACUUCUUACAUUCCAAAGUUGACAUCAGUGUAUAUAUAAAUGCCAAAUUUGUGCUUUCAUCUUUCCAGAAAACUUUAACUGAAAAGCAAUGCGUGGCUUUACACUACUGAUUAUGCUGUGAUGAUUGGAUAUUGUUGUAGCUUUUCUCGUUCAAAAAGUUUAACUGAAUCUUUUAUUUGCUUCUUCAAUAAAUGCUGGAAAGAAUUCAAGUAUAGUUCGUCAAGAUCUUUAAAUACUUUGAUAAGUUUUUGCUUUAUAUUUGAUGCAUUUUCUUUGAUGGAAAUAAUUUAUCAGGUUUGUCAUUACGCUUACACCUUAUUUCUUAUGCAUAAACCUUUGACUGUACUUGCUCUAAAUAUUAUUUUCACAUUCCUAUACCAUUGUCCCCAAUUUAGCUCAUGUUGUUUCAUUGGAACGUGCAGAUACUAAGCUUCUUGUCUCAGAUUCCAUCCGUGCGUUUAAUAGUGGUAUGAUAGGUUAUUUUACGAUUUCUUUGCUUAAAUUAAUUAGCAUCUACUUUCCUAUAUUUUGUAUUUUUGGUUUUCUUGAGCAGGUGGUUGAUGGGGUUGAUGAAAAGAUGCCAUCCCUUCCAGUUACCGCUGGUGUGAAAAUUGUAUCAUACUCUAAGCUACUUCAACAGGUAUUUUCUUUUUUAAUCACUUUUCAAGUUUAGGUUUUUCUUACGGAUGAUAAAUAUUGACUGCAUAUUUUAAUUGACCGAAGAAUGUUUGAAUUUUGGCUAAUAUACCUUCAGAUAUCUCCGAUGAAAUAGUAAACAUUAUUUGUUUGCUCUCUCUCUUAUCAUCUGAUGCUAAGAAACUAACGAUGCAAUGAUGGGCUGUCCGAAUUCAAAAGAUAAUUGAUAAUUGCUCCAAUGCUGAAAAUUUGAAUUUUCGGUAAUAGCCCUGUGGACAUUUUAUAGUUCUGGUGUAUGCUGCUGGACGACAACCUCCUUAGUGAUUGUACGUGAAAACCAAAUUUAUAUGCAUUCUUCCUUAGAUUACAGUCUUCGUUUCAAAAAGGAGGACGUUGUGAACAUGUUUGUAGUAAAUUUAUAACUCCUUCGAGCUCCUUAUAUUAGUUCUUCAAAUCCUCCAUUUUUCAUUGUUAUGGGGUAUGUGCAAUUGUCCUUCAAGAUCUAAAAUUUUCAUUUGAACUUGGUUCGUUUUAAAUAUAGACUUUUUGUUUCCUCACUCGAGGUACUUAUGCCUGAGAAAUUUUUAUCUUCAUAAAAAAUCUGAAGGGUCUAUACUUUUGCCCGCUACUUGUGGCAAGCUCCAUCUAUUGGCCUCUUAUUUCUCUAGUUCUAUAACCUAUAUUCUCUACGAAAUCCAGAGGGGAUUCGUGUUUUAAUGAAAUAAUGUGAUUCGUUAAACUUGCUUCAUCAACCCAAGUUAUUGAGAACAAUAAUAUGAUUAUUAUCCUAGUUCAAAAACUUACAUUGACUUCGGGUUGCCGUAGAUAACCUUUUUUUUCUAUUUUUGCUUCCUCUUCUGAUAGUGGUAAGUAGAGAAAUUCAUUCUUGAGAAGUAGCUUAUGAGGCGUGGUUAUGUCAGGUGAAUAUAAAUGGCUAAGAAGGCAUUUUAUCUUUUUUCGUCUUAGAAUGGGCAUAGUCGUAUGACACCCGACUGUUAUCUUGUGGGUGGCUAAUUUUUAGAUUUCACAUUCCGGGUACACCUGUACUCUCUUCUCUUCAUACUACUAUGAAUUCUUCACAUUUUACGGUCAAGUUCCGUAGGUCACCCAGGCCUAAAUCCUAAAGGAGAAAAAAAGAGCAGAAAAUGCGAAAGGGAGGGAUUACAUUUAAUUUUUUUACUUCCCACGAUAUAUCUGUAGGUCUACAUGGUAUAUGAGUGCAAAAGAAGGAAAUAACGUAAGUUCUAUUUUGCAUUAGAUAAACUAGCUGUUUUCAUCUCAUUCAUAUUACGCGUCCCUUUGCUGAAAAAUCCAUAUUAAGGCUGUAUCUAAGGUAUCUUAUAUGUCAGUAUUUCAAUGUGCAUCGUGUUCUAUACGUGGAUACCACCCUAAGAAGCUAGCAUCCUGAGUGUCAAUUGCAUUAGCCAGAAAAGUUCAGAGAGUCAUUGAUAUUCUCUUUUUCUGAGUAUUUACCCAUCCAUAUCUACAGCCGUUAUAUAUCGUAUUAUGUUUUGAAGACCAGUUGAUUUCCUGAUUUGAUCAAUCAUUUCAUUUCACCUCUUUUGCACUUGAAACUAUUUCAUUUUUCAGGGACGGAGCAAUGUUCAACCAUUUCGCCCUCCAAAGCCUGAGGACGUUUUUACAAUCUGCUAUACUAGUGGAACAACUGGAACACCCAAGGUACCUAGGAGAAUGAUAUGAGUAUAGGCUAGUCUGAUGAAUUCAUAAUGACUUGCAAUGUGUUUCUACUUUCUUCUUUCCUCCUUUUAAUCCAUUUUCCCAAUGAGUACCCUAUUUCUUUCCUCUCGAAUCUCUAUUUGAGAAAAUAAGAAAGAUUCCAUGAUGGGUUUCAUUUCAGGGAGUUGUGUUGACGCACAAAAAUAUGAUUGCAAAUGUUGCUGGUUUUAACACGAAUGUCCCAUUCAACCCAUCUGAUAUGUGAGAUAAUCUUCCCACAUAUUUCUAUUUUUCCCUGUUAAGAUUAUUACCAAUGCCGGCAUGCCUUUUACAUGGCCAAAAGUUUGAUAUAUUCUGCCACUUUUGCAGUUACAUAUCGUAUCUUCCUUUGGCACACAUCUAUGAGCGUGCUAACCAAGUUGCAUUAGCGUACUACGGAGUUGCUGUUGGUUUCUACCAAGGGGUACGAGCGUUUGUUGAAGAAUUAUUUAUGUUGAAUCUAAUGUUAUUUUUAUUUUACAACCCUACUUCAGCAGCCUCUCAUAGAUAGCAAAAAUAGUGUAAAAAUGUAAGCAAAUGGAUCUCCCUAUAAGAUGAGUAAUACUGGUGCUGAUUAUUUUUUCGUGUUCUGGUUAGGUUAUUAUCAUUUCUUUCCUUUUUUCACUAACAUUCAAAAGUAAAUGUAUCUUUCUGAAAUAUAUGUACAUACAUAGUGCUGAAUAUGGUCAUCUGCAUCCAGGACAAUUUGAAAUUAAUGGAUGAUCUGGCAGUGCUAAGACCGACGAUUUUCUGCAGCGUUCCUCGUUUGUAUAACAGAAUCUACGCUGGGCAAGUUAUUACGUUCCUUUUCACACCUGUGAUAAUUCUCACCAAUUUGCCACAAAUUUAUUCAGGAAUGCUUAACCUGUAAAUUUUACAGCAUUAUGAAUGCAGUAAAGACAUCUGGGGCCUUAAGGGAGAAACUUUUUACCACUGCCUUCAAUUCCAAGAUGCAAGCAAUAGCUAAUGGUAUUACUUUCUGUUAAAUUUCGCCAGUUUUCGUUUGUUUGUUUCAUGUUCUAGCCAAUGGAAGAAAAUACUGUCAUUAUAGCGGAUAUCCAUUCUGUUUUACGUAUUUCAGCUUUUUUCUGCAACUUGUUUUGGUGGCCUAGGUCGUUAUUCUCUCUCUCUCUCUCUUACUUCCAUUCUCGUUUUCACUUAUUCACUCGCUCAUUCACUCACUCACACUAAGGCAUUUACAAUGAUAUCAAUUACACGUUCGUUAAAGAGCUAUAUUCUUAGCUUCAACAUGAUUGUUAUUGAUGGACUUUCCAUCUGAUCCAUAGGGUUCAACUGGCUUAAUGUUAAAAAAAAUAAAUCCCUCGUUUUUAAUUAAACAUUGCAUUGGCUUGGUCUUCAUGCUAAUAUGGUUCUAUUUAGGAUAAAAUAAAUCUCUUGCUAACGCAUGCUUACAUUUAUUUUCCUUCCCAAGGUCACCAUUUUAGUUAUCAAUAGAAGAUGAUGCACCACACUUUUGGCUUGAAACUAGGGGUGUCAAUGAGCUGGGCUAGGCCCAGAUCCAAGCGUGACACUGGAGUGGUUUCGUUUUUCAAGGUCCAGUCAUGACCUGUGGGACACUGAAGGAAUUGGGUUUGUGUCUAAACACGGGUGUGGGCGGAGUGGUUUGACUUGGAAGGGGUAUGUGCCUCCAUAUUUUCGGCUCACUUCUUUCCAAAACUCAGGCCAAGCCCUGAAAAGUGCUGGACCAGCCUAUUUCCAAGCCCAGAAAAAGGUGGACCAGGCUUCCAGGUUUGCCUGGCCUGUUGAGACACUGGAUAAGAUUCCUAGUAGUCCCAGAAUGUACCACCAAAUAGUUUCAAACUGUUACUACGGAAGUACGCAAUAUAUAUUACAAAACCAAACCAAAAGCACACCCCAUAUCAUGAUUUUAGCAGCCUGCUUACUGGUUACCCAAAAUAAGACUAGCUUGAUGAAGCAGCAAUACAAUACACGAACACCAUAAUUUGAAAUUUAUCAGACCAAUAUCUCACUCGGAGCCAAACAACACAGAUCCUCUGAAAUUCCAUGACGAAGAAAGACAUCAACCUACGGGUUUGCAUCAUGAACAAAAGUAAUCAUCAUCAUGCAUAUGGAUCCUGUAUCUUCCUUGAAGUAAACCUAGGUAGACAACUUGCAUGCAGUCAAGGUUUCCAGAAUCUGAAUUUCAUCUCAGUUUGGAUUGGUUUGAUCUCCUGAUUCGGAUCGCCAGCCUUAUCACCUGGUCCAGAGGGAUAAAACUGAUUUGGGUUCCAAUGUAAAGAAAAUAUUCAGUAUUUUGUAAGUUUUCAUGAUUAUACCGUUGUCAGGUAAACAUAUAAAAUUAAUGUUUAAACAUUAUUAACUGAACAGCUUCUGCCAUACAAGAUUGUCUCCCAGUCUCCAUGGAGACAAUGGGUGCAGCAGCAGUAGCUGCUGUUGUUAUGUAAUCAACAAUAAGCAUGCCCACUGGCAGAAAACACAAACUAACGUAAAGCCUUCUCCCUCUUUAAAAUUCCAGCUGGGGACUGGGCAUCAAGACCGUUUGGGAGAUCCCUGAUUAUGGUUUGUGUUGGAUGAUUCUCUGAAUCACAACAUUGAAGGGCCAAAAAAGGGUGCAUAAACAAAGGCUCUAGAUAACUUGAAGAACAAUACAUUCUUUUUUACAUUCAUUUUCUUCCUUUAUUUUGAAAUAUGUUCUUUUAACUAUUUUCUCAUUUCUCAGUUUUGCACCAUACGGCAUUAAAUUAGGACUUUGAAUUUAAUUCAGGUAAAAAACCGUCACCUAUUUGGGAUAGACUGGUUUUCAAUAAGAUAAAAGCAAGAGUUGGAGGGCGUGUACGCUUCAUGGGUUCUGGAGCUUCACCAUUGUCUCCUGAUGUCAUGACUUUCUUGAGGGUGUAAGUUUAUUUACUUGCUCAUCAUGUGUGCAGCAUCUUCAUUAUUUUAUGUUCCUUGAUCCCUCUUCUUCACGAUUUUUCACAUUUUUAAAAGUAAUGUGUUUGCCAUUUUGAAUAGAUGCUUUGGUUGUGAAGUUAUUGAGGGUUAUGGAAUGACGGAGACUUCAUGUGUUAUAAGUGCUAUGAAUCCUGGUGACAACCUCACAGGUCAUGUUGGUUCUCCUAAUGCUUCAUGUGGUGAGUGUUGCUUUGCUUAGGGUCUUCAUGUUUCGAAAUUGACUGCAUGAUCUCUUUUCUCAAUUUCAGUCUUACCUUGACUUCCUAUUUAACAUGAUGUGGGUUCAGUUUUCAAAUCUUAUUGAUAGUUUCGAUCCAUAAGUGUGUGCACGCGAGAACGGAACAUAAGAUGAACUGCUGUCAAAUUUUAUUGUUGAAGAAAAAAUUAUUUACUGAAAUGACAACAUAAGAAUUUUUUCCAUAUACUUCAAAUUUUAUCUUCGAAACUUUGUAAUAAUUAUUUAUUUAAAUCUUUUUACUUUCCUCAGAAAUCAAACUUGUUGAUGUUCCUGAGAUGAACUACACGUCUGAUGAUCUCCCAUAUCCUCGUGGUGAAAUUUGUGUGAGGGGUCCCAUUAUUUUCCAAGGCUACUACAAGGAUGAUUUGCAGACGUAAGCUGGUUCCAUUUCUUUAAACUUUGGUUGUUCUUUGUUCUUGAUUUAACAGAUAAAUAACGUGACAGGAGAGACGUGAUUGAUGAAGAAGGAUGGUUUCAUACUGGGGACAUUGGACUUUGGUUACCUAGUGGGCGCCUGAAGAUCAUUGAUAGGUAAAUUUCAUGAAUCACACAACUUUGAAAUUCUGCUUCAUUUUUCCCUCUGUGUUAAAGUAUCUGAGAAGGUUCAUGAAUUUCUUACUGUUUAGUAGUAGAAUGCUACUGGACUACCCACCUCUGUGUUAAAGUAUCUGAGAAGGUUCAUGAAUUUCUUACUGUUUAGUAGUAGAAUGCUACUGGACUACCCACCUCCUGUGUUCUUCCUCCUCUCUGCAUUAAAAUUCUACCUAAAAGAAAUAGAAAACUCACUAACAUCAAUCUAUCAGCCGGCAAUUUCUCAUAAUAUAGUUCCUAGCUGUUACCGAAUUCAUUAAAGGUUGACCGGGCGAGCUUUAUGGGAACAACGUAAGACUUCCACUAGUCUUUUAACGAAUUUCUUCUUACCGCAUUCUAAAGUUUCUAUCCUGUUUGGCCAUUAGCUAUAUAUCGUUGACUUUCACCGACCUUGACAAAUGUCAACUGGGCGGAUAUCUUAAGAUAUAUGAUAUGGCGCCUUCAGACAGAGGGCUCCACGGUGGCGAAUUUUCAUCAGCAGGGGUUCCUAGUGAAUUAGUCCCACUUUUUAUUGCCGUUGACAGGCCCCAUAGUUUGAAUGGUUAGUCUCAACGUCAGUCUCUUCUAGCAUUAGUAUCCUCCAUAGAGAGAAUCACAUUCUGUCCAUUUUAUUAGUUCAUCAACAAUGUGAAAGCAUCAGCUAAACACCUAAUGGCUUAAUGAGGAUCACUGAUUGUCUUGUUCAGAAACUUUACUAGGCUACAAACCGAAUAUGGUUCUCUUGCCUCUUUUGCGUAUGAUUGUCUUGUUAAUGCAAGGAGAUUGUAUUGCCUGAAUGGAGAUCUUAUCAUGGGAUGUAUUGGAAUUGGUUUUUCAGUUUUAAUUCCUAUAAUUCUCCAGUAGUUAACCAAGAUAAGAAAUUAUUAUAUUUCUUGUUAGCGUUAAUGGCAUGAAAGUCCAUAUUCCUCACUUAAAUGGCCCAAUGAUUUCCGCUGUAUUCUAUUCAUGGUAAUUCUGCAGAGGAUAAUUGCUGCGGUUGACUUAAUGAACAAUUUUACGGGUUUAUGUUUUCCUAGCCAUUUAUUUUCUGCAUUUUCCUCUUUUUUUCUCUUGGUCAGCCUGUUUUCACCUGUCCCUUGAAACCGUGAAGAUUUUUCCUCAUAGUUAUCCUUUGCACUCGCUUAUUUUAUGUCUUUUUAGGUGGAUUUCUUGAUUUUCUAGGAUUAUAUCCUUGAAAAUUAGGGUCUAAUUUCCAUUCGUUGCCCUUUUUUUGUCUGAUUUUUUCGUUGAUAAUUAUUUAUAUCGAGUCUAAUGAUCCUCCACUCUGGCAAUAGAAAGAAGAACAUCUUUAAGCUGGCCCAGGGCGAGUACAUCGCUCCAGAGAAGAUUGAGAAUGUAUACGCCAAGUGCAAAUUCGUCGCCCAGUGCUUCGUUUAUGGUAAGCCGGAUCUCCAAUCUUUCUGGAGCUCAUCCGCCCGCAUUUCAUAUAAUUCGCAAGAUAAAUUAUUAAUACAUAUCAACGCGCCUGAUUUCGUCUGCGGACUUUCGGAUCGGUUGACAUUUCUCAUGGAACAGGGGACAGCUUCAACGCCAGCCUGGUAGCAGUAAUCUCAGUUGACCAAGACUCCCUGAGGGGCUGGGCAUCAUCAAACGGCGUUCAGGUGCUUGCUUCCCAGCGUUGACUUUUUUAAAGAUAAAUCCAGCUUGUGAGGCUAUAACCGGCCAUCUGUUCUCCGCAGUACGAAGAUCUGGAGCAAUUGUGCAGGGAUCCCAGAGCCAGAGCUGCUGUUCUGGCGGACUUGGACGCCAUUGGAAGGGAAGCCAAGGUUGGGUGCCCAUGCCCUUCAUAAAUCUAAUAUAAUAUCACCAUUUUCACAUAGUUUCAAAUCUAUAAUUCCCAUAUCUUCUCAUCUUGGUCUACAGCUGAGGGGAUUUGAAUUCGUCAAAGCCGUGACCUUGGUGCCGGAGCCUUUCACCUUGGAGAACGGCCUUCUCACUCCCACAUUCAAGGCAAGCCUUCCAGCUCUCCCAUAUCAAUAAAUAAAUAGUUUAAACUAGAUUAAGUAAGUCAACGCCCCCCCCCCCUUUUGGUCCCUGACUUCACCUAGUAAUAACUUUCUUAAUUUUAUUUUCUUAGAUUAAAAGGCCUCAAGCAAAGUCAUACUUCAGCAAGGCGAUUGCCGACAUGUAUGCUGAGCUGGCAGCCUCUGACCCGGAUUCGAAGAAAGGGCUUUGA